AGAAUGAACGCGGAAGUCCUGUUCACGCGAGCGUGUGCUGACGUAGCGACGUUUUAGUCAGAUGUAAAUACAGAUUUUCACCAUGAAAAUAAAUGAGAACACAUUACUGGAAGGACAAAAAGUCGUGUUGGUGCCAUACAAUGCGGAACACGUGCCGAGGUACCACGAGUGGAUGAAGUCUGUGGAGCUGCAGCAGCUGACGGCCUCAGAGCCUCUGACUCUCGAGCAAGAAUAUGAUAUGCAGCGCAGCUGGAGGGAAGAUGCCGACAAGUGCACCUUCAUCAUCCUGGACAAGAGGCGCUGGGUGGACUCUGGUGCCGAGGAGGCGCAGUGCAUGAUCGGAGACGUCAACAUCUUCCUGACAGACCCUGGGGAUCCUUCCUUGGCUGAGCUGGAGAUCAUGAUAGCAGAGCCCAGUUAUAGGGGAAAAGGCAUUGGGAAAGAGGUGACGCAGAUGAUGAUGCACUACGGGGUCGCCAAACUAGGCAUCAGCAAAUUUCAAGCAAAAAUUGGCUUGGACAACGAGGUCAGCAUUGCUAUGUUCAAGAAACUAUACUUCCAACAGGUGUCCGUGUGUCAGGUGUUCAAGGAGGUUACCUUGGAGACGGCGGUGGACAAGUCGCUUCAUCGGAGGCUGUUGCAGGAAGUCGGUCACGUGAUCGAGCGGGACUACUUAGCGUCCCGCGGCGCGAGACGGGAAGCGACGUCACAGACGGUCACGGACACUCCCAUGUGAGCUUGAGGCGUAGCCUCAGCACGUUUAUUUCAUGGCGUGAUCACAUUGCAAGAGGAACGCCGCAAAGUGGCGUGAGAAGACAAAGGACGCUUUUUAAAAACAGCCGGUUGUACAAA